GGACGCCGAGGGCUCCUACACCAGGGACGCCGAGGGCUUCUACACCAGGGACGCCGAGGGCUUCUACACCAGGGACGCCGAGGGCUCCUACACCAGGGACGCCGAGGGCUUCUACACCAGGGACGCCGAGGGCUCCUACACCAGGGACGCCGAGGGCUUCUACACCAGGGACGCCGAGGGCUCCUACACCAGGGACGCCGAGGGCUCCUACACCAGGGACGCCGAGGGCUCCUACACCAGGGCCGCCGAGGGCUCCUACACCAGGGACGCCGAGGGCUCCUACACCAGGGACGCCGAGGGCUCCUACACCAGGGACGCCGAGGGCUCCUACACCAGGGACGCCGAGGGCUCCUACACCAGGGACGCCGAGGGCUCCUACACCAGGGACGCCGAGGGCUCCUACACCAGGGACGCCGAGGGCUCCUACACCAGGGACGCCGAGGGGGUGGGGGUCACUUGA